AUGGCCCCGCCCCCGCAGAACCCCAUGCAGGGCGUCCCCGAGCACAUCCGCUCCAUCCUCGCCCGCCUGCACGCCGAGUCCCUGGCGCAGGAGAGCCAGCUGAACACCGACGACUUCUUCGCGGGCGGCGAGCAGGCCGUGGCGCGACGCAUGCGCGACAAGUUCAUCGCGCUCGAGGAGGACAAGGCGCAGUACGUGUACGGCCUGGCGCGGGCGACGGGCGCGCUCGUCAUCGUCGAGGCGGGCACGAGCUUCGGCGUCAGCACGAUCUACCUCGCGCUCGCGGCGGCGGCGAACGCCCGCCGGGCGGGAGGGGGCCAGGAGGCUAGGGUCGUAGCGACGGAGCACGAGCCCGAGAAGGCGCGGCGGGCGAGGGCGCACUGGGACGAGUGUGGGGAGGAGGUCAGCGGUGUGAUUGACCUGAGGGUCGGGGACCUGAGGGAGACGCUCAAGGAGGAUUUGGAGCGAGUGGAUUUCUUGUUGCUUGAUAUUUGGACCCCGAUGGCGCUGCCGACGCUCAAGAUUGUCCAGCCCAAGAUGCGGCCGGGGGCGGUCGUGAUUGCGGACAACACGAUCAUGGCUGCCGAGGGGUAUGCCGACUACCUGACCUACAUGCGGUCACCUGACAGCGGGUUCAUCAACAUGACGCUGCCUUUCAAGAAUGGGUUGGAGAUGAGCAUCUACUGUCCGGAAAAAUAG